CCUCCCGAAACAGUAAAUUUAAUUAUUACAGUAAAUAGUAAACGAGUAAAUAGUAAACGAUUGUUUGGGCAUCCGUAUAUUGAGUCCCAUUUCAAAUAUUGAUAAUAUUUAAUUGCUUUUUUAAUCGUUUCCAAAAUUUUAGAAAACCGUUUUUGUCGAACUGUAAGAUAUAUUUUUUCACAAUGAAAUUCCACACAGUGUUGUUGGCCGUUGCUAUUCUUGUUGGCGUCACAGAUGGAUGUUGGAAAUGCGGCAGAAGAAACAACAAUGCAGCAGCGGCGAACCCGAAUGCGAACGCAAACGCGAACAACAACGGAGUGAUCGGGCUUCAAGUAGGUGGUGGUGGCGGGGGCGGUGGUGGUGCUAACAAUGGUGGCAACGAUGAUGGCCAUGACCCCAUCGUACCCUCAAGCGACGACAGCAGCGUAUCUUCUCAAACGGCUUCGGUGGCAACAAACAACAACAACAACAAUCACUUGCCUCCUGCUCCAAGUAUUACGCCACAAAAAGACAGUGAAAUGGAAAACAGUCAAUAUCUGGAUGAUGCGGAUUUCGACUUCAUUCUUGAGUAAUCAAACUACAAUCAGUUUCUCAAUUCAAGAACAAUAUAUACGGAAAAAAUCUUUCAGCUGAAAGUUUAUAUUUAUUCAGAGUAUUCUUCAAAUACAUGCAUUC